GUCUUUCCCACGAUCAUGCUUCUCAUUCAUUCUUUUUGUCUCUCUCAAUUCAUUUCAUGUUGAUUGAAGUGCUCAAGACUACUGCCUAGCACUAAUUCUCUCCUUUGUGCAGGAUUUUCCUUCUGUACGGAGCACAUUAAUUAGAGAAACAUUCUCAAAAGAUAAUAGAUAGCAGAAGAAAAAUGGGAAGAAAGUUCUCUGCAGCAGAACUUUUCAGCGUUUCAGGACCUUCACAUCUCACUGCUGUGGAUUGGACAAAUGUGCAUCACCGAAGAGCCAUUGCGGCCAGCUUGGUGGAAGCAGCCUACAGAAUAGAACGAGACCGCCAAGAAAAUCGCCAAGGCCCUGAAGCACAAGCUUCUCCAUAUUGGGAGUUCUUCCAUUUCAAGCUAAACCAUGUUCUCAUAGAUAAUGUAGACAACUCAAUCUUCGGCGUCAUUUACGAGUACAACUUCCCUAAUCCACACUUGUUCCACAACAAUCACAAUCAGCUAAAACCCCCUAAAUACGCCGUCGCCUUCCGAGGAACUCUGACUCAACCCGACACGAGAUCAAGGGACUUGAAGCUUGACUUCCAAUGCAUUUGCAACACGAUUCAUGAGAGCUCGCGGGUUCUGCUUGCGAUGCAGGCUAUGCAGAGCUUGGUUUCCUCAUGCGGGGCUAAAAAUGUGUGGUUGGCAGGGCAUUCUUUGGGGUCAGCCAUUGGGUUACUAGUAGGUAAAAACAUGGCAAAAAUGGGGUUUCCUCUAGAAACUUACCUAUUCAAUCCACCUUUCAUAUCUGCUCCUAUUGGAAGCAUCAAAGGAGAGAGAGUUCGACAUGGGAUUCGCAUCGCGGGCAGCAUUAUGAAGGUGGGCUUAAGCACUGUUGUGAAAGGUCAUCAUCCGCAGCACAUCACAAGUGCUCAUGAUGAUCAUGAUAGAGACACUUUUAGUCUUCUCUCUGCUUGGUUUCCAUACCUUUUUGUGAACCCGGCUGACCCCAUUUGUUCAGGUUAUAUCGGGUAUUUCGAGCACAGGAAGACGAUGAAGGAGAUUGGAGCUGGGGAAAUUGGCAAGUUGGCAACAAAGAGUUCAUUUGAGAGCAUAUUUUCAGGCGCUCUAGGGAAGGAGACUGAACCGUACGAUCUCCUUCCUUCGGCGUUUUUGAUUAUCAAUCAAACUCCGUCGCCUGAUUUUCGACGCGCUCACAGCGUGGAGCAAUGGUGGAAUCCUAAUUUCCAUUUCCGUUCCUUGACGUACCAAUUCAGUAGCUGAACAUUGUAUAACUUUCCUCUGUUUCAUUUUUGCUGUAUGAAAGAAAAUUUACUUGAUGAUCACAUGGCAAAUUGAGUGAUAUGAGGCUGCAAUAAUAUUGGCUCAUACAUGUCUAAUUUUGGUGAUCAUGUACACUACUUUUUAAGAUUCAUAUGCUAAUUCUGAGAGCU